AUGGUAUUGAACGGCACAUCCCCCGUUUCCCCAACCAUGAACGCAGAGUCCUCAACCCCAAGCCUUUCAAACCUACCCAAAGACACCCUUUCUCCUCCAGCAGCAGCAGGAGCACCAGUCAAGAUCUGCGUUUUCUGCGGUUCAUCUCCUGGAAAAUCACCAGCCCAUAUGGAAGCUGCGCGCGCCCUGGCUCAAGUAAUGGCUCGUAAUAACAUCCAGCUAGUGUACGGCGGCGGAACAGUUGGUCUCAUGGGCGAAGUAGCCCGCACCCUCGUCUCCCUCUCCGGCCCAGAAUCCGUGCACGGCAUUAUCCCCACAGCGCUCGUCCAGUACGAGGCCGGCCCCAACUCGGCCACGGAGAGCAGUGAUCUACCAGCGUAUGCUACGUAUGGGAAGACAACGGUGGUGAAUAGUAUGCAUCAGCGGAAGGAAAUGAUGGUGAAGGAGAUUGUUGAUGCGGGGGCUGGGAGUGGGUUUGUUGCUUUGAGCGGCGGCUACGGCACCCUCGAAGAGCUAAUGGAAGUAGUAACGUGGAACCAACUCGGGAUCCACGAGCGGGGUGUCUGCGUGCUGAACAUCGAAGGGUACUGGGACGGGCUCCUGCACUGGGUAGAGGGUAGUGUGGAUGCCGGGUUCGUGGGAUUGAAGAAUCGGAACAUUAUCGGUGAGGCGAAGAAUGGGGAGGAGGCGGUGGAGGUUUUGAAGGUGUAUGUGCCCGAUGAGGGGCGCUUUAAGUUGAAGUGGGGGAAUGAGUAG